CCAACCUAGGAGGCUUUUGGUUUCUGCUUUUGUUGUUUUUAAAAUUAAAAGUUAAAACCCAGGAAGCGAUGGAUCUGACUUUGGCGUUGCAGUUGGCACAUGGAUUAAUUGAUGUACAUUGAGUUUAUGGAGCCAUCUUUUUGUGACCUGCUGUUCCUACAGUUUCUAAGAAGAAAAAGGAGCUCCUAAAUCUAAGAAGAUGCCUCGAACGAAACAGAUUCAUCCCAGAAAUCUAAGAGACAAAAUUGAAGAAGCACAGAAAGAACUUAAUGGGGCAGAAGUUUCAAAAACAGGCAGGCACUUUGCUGAAAUUCUAGAGGCUGGUGUUAAAGGAGCUUCAGAAUCCCUGAAAGGUGUGAAACGGAAAAAGAUUGUCACUGAGAAUCACCUGAAGAAAAUACCAAAAUCUCCCCUGAGAAAUCCUCUUCAGGCAAAACAUAAGCAAAACUCAGAGGAAUCAUCCUUGGCUGUUCUUCACAGUGCUUUGGAGUCUCAAAAGAAACAAAUCUGUAUUCCUGUAAAAAAUGGAGAGCAGCUAACCAGACAGAACAGAGACACGCUUGGGGUCGGGACGGAGGCCUCAAGCCCCAAAGACACUGCCUCUCCGAAGAAGCCUGUGUCCCUGCAGCACCCAGCCGAGCUGCGGAGAUGGAGGUCAGAAGGCUCUGACCCAGCCGCACUCAGUAGCCUCCAUGCAAAGUGGGACUCGAGCUCGUCGUCCAGUAAGGCCAGGACUGACACUAGUGAAUGUAUCUCUUCUCAUUGUACUACUUCGCCUGUGUACACGAACACUGCAUUUGAUGUCUUAUUGAAAGCAAUGGAGCCAGAACUGAGCACUUUGUCACAAAAGGGCUCAACUAGUGCAAUUAAGACAGAAAAACUGAGACCAAAUAAAACUGUACGAUCCCCUUCUAAAUUAAAAAACAGUUCAGUGGAUACCCCAAAUCUGACUUCACAAGAAUCCACUGCCGAAUCACAGUAUUCUCCUUGUACCUCAUACCCCGUGCAAGUGUCAGCCGCUCAGCAGAAUGAGCCGGGGCCAGUUCAGUCAGUUUUUCAUUCAGAUAAUCAACAUGAACACUUUGCUUCCAAACCAAACCAACACAGUCAGCAACUUCCAAGGCAUUCAGGUUUCACGGGAUCACUGACGAACCUGCAGAAUCACGAGAGCACCAAACUUGAACAGGUUUAUAGUAUAGCGGUGGCGUCAACCGUCGGUCUCACUUCACCUUCCAGUAGAACUCAGGUUACUUCUCCAAACCAGCAAAUGGAUUCUGUUUCACCUAUGUCCAUAAGUCCAGCCAAUUCUACCCAGUCACCUCCCAUGCCAAUUUAUAAUCCAACUCAUGUUGCCUCUGUUGUUAAUCAAAGUGUAGAACAAAUGUGCAAUCUUCUUCUGAAAGAUCAGAAGCCAAAAAAACAAGGAAAAUAUAUUUGUGAGUAUUGCAAUAGAGCUUGUGCAAAGCCUAGUGUGCUUUUAAAGCAUAUCCGCUCCCACACUGGAGAGCGGCCCUACCCCUGUGUGACCUGCGGAUUUUCAUUCAAGACUAAAAGUAAUCUGUAUAAGCACAAAAAGUCCCAUGCACAUACUAUCAAGCUGGGUCUUGUCCUGCAGCCAGAUGCUGGUGGCUUGUUCUUGUCCCAGGAGUCUCCCAAAGCACUUAGUAUCCAUUCCGACGUAGAAGACAGUGGGGAGAGCGAGGAGGAGGGCUCCUCUGACAGCAGACAGAACGACCCCGGCACCAUGGAGCUGCAGCCUAUGCAAAUAAUGAAGAGGAUGUCCAGUUCUGAAGCUUUACUAAAACCAGGUUCCAUUCCAAGCAAUCCAGAUUACGUGGUAGAUGACUUUUCACCACAGGAUCGAUCUGCAGAAUCACAGGCUGUGACUGAGUUGCCAAAAGUUGUGGUGCAUGCUCUCAGUGUGUCCCCCUUAAGAAUCGACAGUCCAAAGGUGGUCAACCCUAAGCCCGAACUCUGCAGUGCACAGAGGCAGGACCUUCAGGUAGCCAGUGUCCUGUCUCAGUCAGCCUGUGUGACCUCCCUGGAGAGUGAUGAGAAGGCCCGUCAGAAAGUAGACACAGGUCAGCCAGAAGGAAAGCAAGACUCUCACGGAGGAGCUGCUCAUGCCCAGCUACAAAGGCAGCAGGCCACCGAUUACUCCCAGGAACAACAAGGGAAACUACUGCUCAGCCCUCGGAGUUUAGGGAGUACAGAUUCUGGCUACUUUUCGCGUUCUGAAAGUGCUGAUCAGACAGCGAGCCCACCAACACCCUUUGCCAGAACCUUUCCCACCACAGAACAAGACUUAGCCAAGAGUAGCAGCCCCUCUGCGCCUCGAGUCAGCACACCAGCGCCCUCUGCCCAUCCAGCAGGGGAGAAGCCAGGGCUCCUACCAGGCCAGAUGCGGCCACCCCUGGCAACAAAAACACUGGAGGAACGGAUAUCGAAGCUUAUUUCUGACAAUGAAGCCUUGGUAGAUGAUAAGCAGCUGGACAGUGUGAAACCCCGGAGAACUUCUCUCUCCCGACGAGGAAGUAUUGAUUCCCCCAAAUCAUACAUAUUUAAAGAUUCUUUCCAGUUUGACUUGAAACCAAUGGGACGGAGGACAAGUUCAAGCUCUGACAUACCAAAGUCCCCAUUCACCCCCACCGAGAAGUCAAAGCAAGUGUUUCUCCUGUCCGUACCUUCCCUGGACUGUUUACCUAUCACAAGAAGUAACUCCAUGCCGACCACAGGUUAUUCAGCAGUUCCUGCAAAUAUAAUUCCUCCCCCUCACCCACUGAGAGGAAGUCAGUCAUUUGAUGACAAAAUUGGUGCAUUUUAUGAUGACGUCUUUGUAUCAGGCCCUAAUGCUUCUGUGCCUCCAAGUGGACAUCCUCGUACUCUGGUCAGGCAGGCAGCAGUGGAAGACUCGUCAGCCAGUGAGAAUCAUGCUCUUGUGCCUGGACAGCCCUUAGAAGAGGGCUAUGCCACCAGUGAGCCUGCGGCGGCCCGGAACAAAGCGUUGGCACCAGGCUCACAUGUGGAAAAGAAGAAGUCCCAUCAAGGCCGAGGGACCAUGUUUGAGUGUGAGACCUGUAGAAACAGGUACAGGAAACUGGAAAACUUCGAAAAUCACAAGAAAUUUUACUGUUCAGAGUUACAUGGGCCCAAAACAAAGGUCACGAUGCGAGAAUCUGAACAUAGCUCUUUGCCUGUCGGUGCACAGCCUCAGAUUCUGCACUACAGAGUUGCUGGGUCCACAGGUGUCUGGGAACAGACGCCCCAGAUAAGGAAAAGGAGGAAGAUGAAAAGUGUGGGAGAUGACGAUGACCUUCAGCAGAACGAAAGUGGAACUUCUCCAAAGAGCUCCGAAGCCCUUUCAUUUCAGAAUGCCGUGAGCUCCAGUUGCAGUCUGUCUCAGCACGCUGUCACCAUGACAAGUGACCAGCAGCACAGAGACAGGCAGGUACAGAGCUCGCAGACUCAGCUUGUUGCAAGGGGCAUGGAGCAGAGCGUAGACCCGAAGCUGUCUCCCAUUGCAGAGCAGCAGUUGAGCUCAGCUGCCCUAGACAGGGUGGAGGUGAAGAGACAAGGUACCGGCAUCUCAGUCAUCCAGCACACGAACUCCCUGAGUAGACCUAGUUCCUUUGACAAGCUGGAGCCUUUCGAGGGAGGCUCUCCAGGGUCCUUCCAGGAGCUGAGUCAAACUGGGAAGCCUGGGCCUGUGCAAGUAAUAGGAAUCUCCCCAGAGGAAGGUCACCCUUGUAGGGAUGUGCAGCAUCCACACCAGCCUACACUGUCUGAUACCAUCAGGGGAGAGCACUGGGAAAGCACCAGAAAGCUCCUAAGCGAGCGACAUGUGGCAGGACAGAUCUCGAGACUUGUCCGGCAGCACAACAUCCAAGUUCCAGAAAUUCUGGUCACAGAAGAGCCAGAUCGGGACCUCGAAGCUCAGGGCCAAGAUCAAGACAAACUGGAGAAGUUCAGUUGGCCUCAGCGCAGUGAAACUUUGUCAAAAUUGCCAACAGAGAAACUGCCACCCAAGAAGAAGAGGCUCCGUCUGGCCGAGAUGGAGCACUCUUCCACCGAGUCGAGUUUCGAUUCCACGCUGUCCCGGAGCCUGAGCAGGGAGAGCAGCUUGUCUCACGCAUCAAGUUUCUCAGCCUCCUUGGACAUAGAGGACAUAUCUAAAAUGGAAGCUUCUCCCAAAAUGGAUUUCCCAAACAAAGCUGAGUUUCUUCUGAUUCCACCCGGCUCGAAUACACUGAGUGUGCCUGGAAGCCACCGGGAAAUGAGGCGAGCUGCUUCAGAACAGAUCAGUUGCAUGCAGGCGUCAGUGGAGGUGUUUGAAUUAAGAAGUAAAUCCUUUGACUGCGGAAGCAUAACUCCGACCCAAGCAACACCAUUUGUUGAAUCACAGCCUUCAGCUUCCUCUUCUGGUGUAGGGGUCAGCGGACAUGUGCCUCUGUUAGAGAGACGGAGAGGCCCACUGAUCAGGCAGAUCUCUUUAAACAUAGCUCCAGAUAGUCAUCUGUCUCCUGCUAAUCCCUCAUCUUUCCAAAAUGUUCCUCUGCCCAGCACAAGUGCAGGGCCCCUUCAGGGUCCUCAGCUCCCUAGCACAUCUUUGGCUGAGUUCCCUGUGAAUCCUUUGCUCUCCCAGUCUCAAGUUAAGGAUCUGCAGGCAGAAAUGUCAGAUUCCAGCUCUGCUAAGGUCUUUCCUGUUCAGCAGCUUUUUGGUAUCAGUUUGUUAAAUCAAGUCCAUACACCUCUCAGCCAUGAGAGCUCACAGCUGCCUCUGCAGGUGUCUACACAGAGUGACAAGGUAGAUGCCCAUGCCGCGCUCAGUGUGUGUUCUAAGGGUGAAGAUUGCUUUGCUCCCAAGUACCAACUUCAGUGUCAGGUUUUCACAUCUAGCCCAUCUUGUUCUUCUAAUCCAGUGUGUCCUUUGGCGAAUCAAGUCCCCUCAGAUCCAGCUGGAGCAGAUCCACAUACAACCUCAGUAGUAUUGCCAGCCAAAUUAGUAGAUCCUGUGUCUAAUUCUUGUCCUCUGCCACCGCUGGAGCUCGGGCCACCUGGCAGCCAGACGCGGAAGGUACCAUCGUCCUUCAUGCUGCCUGUACACCUGCAGAGUACUGUUGCCACGUACUCUUUUGCCACCAUCUCCUCUCUCCCACGAAUCCUAGUGACCCAAGAUCUGUCCAGCACACCAAAUUGCCAGGCUGGUCAAAGUAUAGUGCCAAUCAGUGAAGAAAAAAUUGCCAUGCCAAAAUCGCAGAAAGAUCACCAGAAUGCUUUGCAAAGCCCAGAAAAAGAACUUGUUUGUAAAAAUAUUUUUUCAGAGAUAGGCCAAAAUUCUGCUGUCCCAGAAUCCUUGCCUAUGACUCAGAAAAUGUCUGUAGGUAGACUUUCCCCCCAGGAAUCUUCAGUCUCCAGUAAAAGGAUGCUGUCCCCAGCAAACAGUUUAGACAUUGCCAUGGAAAAGCACCAGAAGCGGGCUAAAGAUGAGAAUGGAGCUGUCUGUGCCACAGAUGUGAGACCCGUAGAACCACUCACUUCAAGGGCUAGCGAGGUCACUAAGCAGAAGAAACCAGUUUUAGUGAGGCAGGUUUGUACUACAGAGCUCCUCGAAGGUGUGAUAUUGGAGCAGGAUGUUUUUUCUCAGCCUGAAACUAUUAGUGAGGCCGUUAACUUGACAGAUGUUUUACCAGCUGAUAAUUCAUCAGGACACUGUAAGUUUGUAGUUAUAGAGCCUAUCAGUGAACUGCAAGAAUUUGAGACCAUUAAGUCAUCCACAUCAUUAACGCUCACAGUUCAAAAUUCACCUGUGCAUUUAGAGGAUACCCAUGUUUCUCCUUUGAAAUCUAUAGACAGUAACCAAGAAAGGAAGUCUCCAGGGGUUCAAAGUCAAGGUGACAGGGUGCACAUUCAAGGACAAAUCCAACUGCCUACCACCACUCUUCCAUUGGGUAAAGCUGCAGACACGCAACAGCUGUCUUUCCCCAGCCUCAAGACUGCUACCAGCUUUACCUGGUGUUACCUGUUAAGACAGAAGGCCUUGCCUCUGCCCCAGAAUAACCAAAAAAUUUCGGCCUAUACUGAUUGGACAGUAAGCUCCAGUAACCCAAAUCCACUUGGUUUACCUACAAAAGUUGCUCUCUCUCUCCUUAAUUCAAAACAGAAGACUGGAAAGUCAUUAUAUUGUGAAGCAAUAACCACCCAUUCCAAAUCAGAUUUAUUGGUCUAUUCAAGCAAGUGGAAAAGCAACUUAAGCAAGAGAGUAUUAGGUAUUCAAAAGUCCACAGUAGUUGAACUCAGCAGUAAAGAUGCCUCUGAAAUUAACAGUGAGCAAGAUAAAGAAAAUUCAUUAAUCAAAAGUGAACCAAGAAGAAUUAAAAUAUUUGAUGGAGGAUACAAAUCAAACGAAGAGUAUGUGUAUGUCCGAGGCAGGGGAAGAGGAAAGUACAUUUGUGAAGAAUGUGGAAUACGCUGUAAGAAACCUAGUAUGUUAAAGAAACACAUACGAACUCACACAGAUGUUCGCCCCUACCACUGCACUUACUGUAACUUCUCCUUUAAGACGAAAGGAAACCUUACAAAACACAUGAAGUCCAAGGCACAUAGCAAGAAGUGUGUGGAUUUAGGUGUCUCAGUAGCUUUAAUAGAUGAACAAGAUACAGAAGAAUCAGAUGAGAAACAGAGAUUCAGCUAUGAGCGGUCUGGAUGUGACCCUGAGGAAUCUGAUGGCCCCGAUGAGGAUGAUAAUGACAAUGACGAGGACGAUGAGGACAGCCAGGCUGAGUCCAUCCUGUCUGCAGUCCCAUCAGUCACGGCCAGCCCGCAGCAUCUGCCAUCUAGAAGUGGCCUUCAGGACUCUGUGAGUGCCGACGAGGACGUGAGGGUUCCCGAUUGCUUCUCUGGGGUGCACAUGGACCCCAUGGACAUUCUGCCUAGAGCACUGCUCACCAAGAUGACUGUCCUGAGCACCGUGCAGUCCGACCUCAGCAGGAAGCUGAGCUCUCCAGCAAAGGCCAGGCAGCAAGCAGCAAAGGAUGAAGACGACACGGCUCCUUCUGCAGACUCUUGCAGGUUGCCUGAAGUGACCCCCAGGUCCCCAAGCCAUCAGAUGUCUCUGGACUACCCAGAACCAGGAGUGGUACAAAGUUCUGUGGCGGAGAAGGCAAUCACAUUAACACAGGGGAUACCAUCCGGCAGACUCCUUCCUGCUGCAGCUGGGCCCGCCCCGCAGCCAGUGGUGGGGGCUCUCUCCAUGACCUCCCCGCAUCCUGAGGCUCAAGAACAGAAGCAGCAAGUAAUCCCACAGCCACCCGCAGUCCUGCCUUCUCCCCAGACGCGCUUGUUCAGCCACCUCCCCCUGCAUUCCCAGCAGCAGUCAAGGACGCCUUACAACAUGGUGCCCGUGGGAGGCAUCCACGUGGUACCCGCCGGCCUCACCUACUCCACCUUUGUGCCCAUUCAGGCCGGGCCAGUGCAGCUCACCAUUCCUGCUGUCAAUGUCAUUCACAGGACCAUGGGCCCCACUGCGGAUGCCAUCCCAGAAGCUCCUGGCACGACAAAUCCCACCGGAGUGGCUGAGUUGAGCAGUGUUGUGCCAUGCAUUCCCAUUGGCCAAAUACGUGUGCCGGGCCUACAGAACCUCAGUACCCCGGGCUUGCCGUCUCUCCCCUCGCUAAGCAUGGAAACUGUCAACAUCGUAGGCCUGGCCAACGCCAAUCUCACCCCGCAGGUGCAUCCGCCAGGCCUCUCUCUCAACGCUGUUGGGCUGCAGGUUUUGACUGCAAGCCCUUCCUCUCAAAGCAGUCCCACCCCUCAGGCACACAUUCCAGGUCUGCAGAUCUUGAAUAUAGCCUUGCCCACUCUGAUUCCCUCUGUCAGCCAGGUCACCACGGAAGCCCAGGGGGUUCCAGAGAUACCAGCUUCCCAGAGCAGUGCAUGUGACAUGCAGCCCAAGCAGACUUCUGUAGCCAGUGCCAGCCAGGUCAGCAGGACCCAGUCUCCUCAGGGGUCACCUAACAUCCAGCAGGAAACCGCAAAAAAAGUUCUGGGUCCCGCUGCCCCUGCAGGCAGCCAUGCAAGGCACGAUGGCUCCAGCAGAGUGGACGCAGAGAACGCAGCUUCCGCAGAUCAUGGGAAGCCCCAGCCUGAGCUCCCUUCCACCCAGGGCCAGCCCGCACGUGCAGCAAAUCCUCCACCAACAGCACGAGCUGCGGUCUCCCCAAAGCCAUCAGGGCCGCGGUCUCUCUGUGCCGACAGACAGGGGCCCUGGUCCUCCGCGCUGCCCCCACGGCAGCCCGCCGCGCACUUCAGCGACGUGAGCAGUGAUGACGACGAGGACCGCCUGGUGAUCGCAACCUAGGGGUUUUUUAUUUUUUUAAUAACUUAAUGGUUUCUUUGAAAACCCUCCUUUCCUUAAAGCACAUUUUUCUGGCAUAAACUCAUGACUAAUCUUUGUGCAAUCAUGAACUUUGACCAAUAAUUGUUGUUUUGUGUCAGCUCCAACCAUUUUUGUACAUGUUGUAUAGACAAUUGUGCCUUUUAGGAGUUUUACGUUUAGAAACUGUACAGAUUGUUGAAUAUCUAUAUACAUGAAAAUAUGUUAUAUAUGUACAUGAAAUCCAGGUAGUUAUUUGUGUUUAGUAAGAAGAAUCUGUCAAAUAAAUCAAAUGAUUAAAUUAUAUGUUGCACUGUUAAAUAUAAAUUUUUAUGGCCUUGGGGCAGAGUUUCUGUGUAUAAAUUAGUAUGUAAACUCCAUAUUUAUUGUAUUCAUAUUAGUCUUUAAAAACGGAUCUGUCCUCUUUGUGUAAGACAGUAACUUUACACUUCAGGCAGAUUUUCUGUGUUAUGAAAUGUUUCAAUAAAAUAUUGUUUACUGACUUUA